UUUUAUACGGAUACUGCCAGGAGAUAGAGUCAAAAUUGAAGUAAGUCGUUAUGAUUCAACCAGAGGUCGUAUAAUUUAUCGACUCCGAAACAAAGAUUCGAAAGAUUAGGUGUUUUUUCAACUUCACUAUUUAUUUCGUAGGAAUACGAUUCAAAAUAGAAAAUUUCAAGAAACUUAUUUUCUUCCAAAAAGUGGAUUCAAAAUUAAAGUAAGGAGUGGGAAAUAUGAAAAUAAGAGCUUCUGUUCGUAAAAUUUGUGAAAAAUGUCGACUAAUCUGUCGUCGGAGACGAAUUAGAGUAAUUUGUUCCAACCCAAGACAUAAACAAAGACAAGGAUAAUUAGCCUUGUUAAAGACCCGAUAUAAAAAUAAGAAGGGGGUCUGUUUUGACAUGAAAUGGAUAUAUCCAUAUAUCUCUGACUCAAAUUUAUGAGAUAAUAAAAUAUGGCAAAAGCUAUACCGAAAAAAGGUUCACGUGGACGUAUUGGUUCACGUAAGAGUACACGUAAAAUACCAAAGGGGGUUAUUCAUAUUCAAGCAAGUUUCAAUAAUACCAUUGCGACUGUUACAGAUGUACGGGGGCGAGUGGUUUCUUGGUCCUCUGCCGGUACUUCUGGCUUCCGAGGUACAAAAAGAGGGACGCCAUUUGCUGCUCAAACCGCAGCAAGACAUGCUAUUCGUGCAGUAGUAGAUCAAGGUAUGCAACGAGCAGAAGUCAUGAUUAAAGGUCCCAGUCUCGGAAUAGACGCAACAUUACAAGCUAUUCGCAGAAGUGGUAUACAAUUAACUUUCGUACGGGAUGUAACCCCUAUGCCACAUAAUGGUUGUAGACUCCCGAAAAAAAGACGUGUGUAGAAAUAAAAAUUGAAGAUAUUUAAAUAGCAAGAGAAACAAAGGAAGAUAAACAAGAGAAAUAAAUGAUUCAAUGAUCUGAUCAAAUAAUAUUAUUAUGGUUCGAGAGAAAAUAACAGUAUCUACUCGGACACUACAGUAGAAGUGUGUUGAAUCAGCAGCAGACAGUAAGCGUCUUCUUUAUGGGUGCUUUAUUCUGUCUCCGCUUAUGAAAGGUCAAGCAGACACAAUAAGCAUUGUUAUGCGAAGAGCUUUGCUUGGUGAAAUCGAAGGAACAUGUAUCACACGCGCAAAAUCUGAGAAAAUAUCACAUAAAUAUUCUACCAUAAUGGGUAUUCAAGAAUCAGUACAUGAAAUUUUAAUGAAUUUAAAAGAAAUCGUAUUGAGAAGUAAUCUCUAUGGAACUUGUGAGGCGUCUAUUUGUGUCAGG